CCCCUUCUGACAUUAUCAAGUGCAGGUUUGGUUCGGACACUAGUGAAGCUGUGAUGAUGGACCAGAAGGUCAUCUGUGCCCUCCCUGACCCUGUGAACAUCCCCUCUACACCUGACAAGCAGGACUUUGUGACGGUGCAGGUGAAGAUCCUGGUCAACGACGGCAUUGAGGUGACGUCCAACGAGUACAAGUUCUACAACUGUGCCGCCACCGGCAGGAAGUCCAGGAACACGCCGUGUAUAGCAUGUGUGACCAGUGAGUGGCAGUGCCAGUGGAAUGCCCAGGACCACACCUGCAGUGACAGAGAUGUCUCUGUAGAUGGAGCUCACAUCGUCAAAGCCCAACAAGCUGAUAGCUGUCCUCAGUUUGAGAACCCAGACCCUCAUCUCAUCCCUGUAGGCUACCUCAUCCCCAUCAGCUUCCAAGGGAAGAACCUGGACAUUUACAAGGAUCACACGUUUAAAAUUGGCACGGAGCUCAUGAAACACACAGAGGAAGAGUUCACCUUUAAUGAGGGGUUAAAGUUCAACUUCAAGGGUUAUGAGGUCAGUAAUAUCCACCUCUAGUUGAGACAACACAGGUUUUACAUCCCAGUGCCCCACAUGAGCAGUACAAGUCUUUUCCCUCAGUCCCAAAGACAUUCACCUCCAUCCAG